CUCCUCGUCUCGCGGCCACUGCUUUAACAAGUUUUGCCACGCGCGGCUCCGCGUGUUCCCGCACCUCGCGGACUCUCUUAAACUCACCGGUAAAAAGCCUCGAAACACACCUCUGUGCUCCGUCCUCUGUGCCCCGAGUAAAUGCCCGCUCGGCUCUUCGAUCAGCUGCUGCUGGACGCAGUGAUGUUAGAGGAGCUGUAGGCUCAGAGCGACAGUCAGCCAGCAAACACCUCACGGUUAGUUGUUCUGAAACACGUCAACCAGCGACACGGAGACGUCUGAGCCAUGAAGACGAUCCUUGCUGCAUAUUCUGGAGUCCUGAAAGGCACCGGCUCCAGCAUCCUCUCCUCCCUGCAGGAUCUUCCGUCAGCGCUGUGGCCCUGCAGCUCCAGGAUGGAAAAGCAUCUGCAGGUCAUCUCUGUGCUGCAGUGGGUCAUCUCCUUCUUAGCCAUGGGUAUAGCCUGCACGCUGCUGUUGGUCUACAUGUUCUGCACCGAUUGCUGGCUGAUUGCCGCCCUUUACACCGCCUGGCUCAUCGUUGACUGGAACACCCCAAAACAAGGUGGCAGGAGGUCUUCUUGGGUGAGGAACUGGACAGUAUGGACGUAUUUCAGAGACUACUUCCCCGUCAGGCUCAUUAAAACCCAUGAUCUGCUCCCGAACCGGAACUACAUAUUGGGCUACCACCCUCAUGGUAUCUUCUGCUUUGGUGCUUUCUGUAACUUCGGGACGGAGGCGACGGGAUUCUCCAAGAAAUUUCCUGGGAUCAAGCCAUCCCUGGCGACCCUGGCAGGAAACUUCCGCUUGCCUGUCCUUCGAGACUACCUGAUGUCUGGGGGUAUCUGCCCAGUGAACAGGCACUCCAUAGACUACCUGCUCUCCUGCAACGGGACGGGGAACGCUGUGGUCAUCGUUGUCGGAGGAGCAGCAGAGUCUCUGCACAGUGCGCCCGGCAUGAAUUCUGUCACCCUGAAGAACCGCAAAGGCUUUGUAAAGCUGGCCCUGCAGAAAGGGUCCGACCUUGUUCCUGUGUACUCGUUUGGGGAGAACGACGCCUACAAGCAGGUGAUCUUUGAGGAGGGGACCUGCUGGAGAGCUCUACAGAAAAGGUUACAGAAGAUGUUGGGCUUUGCCCCGUGCCUUUUCUACGGCAGCGCCUGGGGCAUCGUGCCCUUCUGCAAUCCCAUCACCACAAUAGUUGGGGAGCCGAUCACAGUGCCUAAAAUUGAAGACCCAACAGAGGAGAUGGUGGAGCUGUACCAUGGAAUGUACGUCAGGUCUCUCCUGUGCCUUUUUGACAAGUACAAGACCCGCUUUGGUCUGAAAGAGAGCGACAUCCUGCACAUCCAGUGAGAGGACGAGGAGCUCCUGCUGAACUUCCCUCCUUGCCCUGCCUCAGCGGUCUGGUUUAUGUCUGGACAGCGAAACCGUACACAUGUUGACGUCUGGUGGAAAACAAACGGUUUUCAUACUGUACACUUGCACAGCUGUAGCUUGAGCUCAGGAAAAUAAGUCUGAUUUCAAGAACAGAGGCCUCACUGCAGAACUUUUCUUUUCUUUUUUUUUUCUGGACAAAGUUACACCAAAUACAACAUCAAAAUCAAAAGCUGUGCCUUUUUGGAAAAAGAUUUCUGAUGUGCACUGUCUCAUCAGUGCAGAGGGGGGUAACCUCCACUAGAUGGAGCUGUAAAGUAAUCUGGAAAACCUGCCAACAUCUUCCAUUACCUAUGCAUUAAUAUACUACUUCUUGUACGCUUUAAAACCAUAUAACAUGCUAAAUGCACAAACAAUGCAAGUGGAAAGAACCACUUUAAUAAUGGGUCAACAAGCCCAAAUGUUAAUUGAGCCAAAGAUGUGUUUUGUCCCCUCAACCCUUUUGAAUGCAUUGAUUAGAUGUACACAGAAAGUGUACAUUUUCUACAGGCUGGAUUGACAUGGUUAAUGGACAGUACACAUGUAAUUGUCAUUGCCAUAAAGUAUUAAUUGUAUUCAGCUGAAGGGAUAAAGCCUGUUUGACUUGUCCUUUCAAGAAUAUUUCUCACGCACUUUUUUUUUUUUUGAAUACCGAUUUUCCUCUGGAGAUUGUCUUAGAAAAAAUGCCUUUGAUAAUCAGAUUCUGCUCAGAAGAAGACCUUCCUGCUGCUUUGCUUUGUUUUUGUUUCUCUCAUUCCAGGUUUCAAUUUGAGAAAGGUGGCACUCAUCUAUGCAAUGAAAACUGAAAAUGUUCUGUCCUCAACUUUCUUUCUUCUUUUUAAAGUUUAGAGCAGAAGUUAGAAAGUUGGGGUCAGUUAGAGAACUGAAUGCCUGACACCCGAUGGUUCCAGUAUGUUGUGUGUCUCAGAACUGUAGCUUAGGUGUGAUCAAUGAAAAUAAGUAAGUUGAUAUUAACUUGACUCUUGGUACAUCUUUGAGUUCAGUACUUAUUUGAAGUGAGGUUCUGUUGAAUCCUUCCAAGGAGUCAAUAACCUGAAUUGCCUGAAAUAUUAAAUUUUUUGGUACAUCCUUUAGUGUAUUUGUUGAUCUUGGAGACCAAUACCAAAGCAUACUUUUGUCUUAAAAGAACUCCAGUCUUAAAAAUAUGGCAACUUUAUUUCCAUGAACCUUUAAACCACUGUCAUGUUUGCUUUGGGGGGUUAUUUACUUUGAAGUAGAUCAUUACUUACACAGGAGAUGGAGGCUGGAGAUGGUGUGCCACCAACGAUUGUUCUGUGUGCAACAUUUGAUGUGCUUAAUUCACAGUAACGAAGAUCUCUGAUGGCACUCUGCUUCCUACCUGAAUUUCCUGUGUAAAUAAAAAUCAGAUGUACUGUACAUAAUUGCCCAGUGCAAGCAUAAUGAUGGUUCAAGAGGACAUGAAACUGCGUUCAAGGAAAUUGCUGCUUUCUUUUGCGGUAGGUAGGAGUUGAUUUAAGAAAGCAGAAGUCCGUUUUGGUUUUUGCCCCUCGCUAGCUAGUUGCUAGCUUUAGCAUUGACAACUAGUCUGGAUUUAUGCAAAAUAAAGUUUGUGGACGAGAUUGAUUUCUUGCAACCUUUGAACAGAACCUUACUUCAAAUAUGUGGAACUAUCCCUUUCAGUUAUUUGGUAUUUGCAGGCAUUUCUAGAUCCUUCCUAGACAGAACAGGGAAUCAUCUGAUUCAGUAAGUCUGCAACUUCUGAAUGAUGGUAGUCGGUAAGCUUGAAGAGCAGUUUCCUCUUGUCUCAACACUGUGACUUCCUAAGAGUAGGAAAAUCCUUGUGAUAAAUCUCAGAGCAAUAAAAAAACAGGAGAUGCCUUUAUGAUGAACAUUCUGUCUUUCAUUAUUUAAAUUAAAUUUUUGUAUGUUUUCAAGAGA